UGGCGAAUCACAUUAUGUUUAAUAAUUUGAAGAAAAUAAUAUUUUAAGAGAAAUCCGUCCUCAGUGAGCUCGAAUUUACCAGAUAUCAAAAUGCCUGGGACUAGUCUGGUUGUACCUGUGGUACUCUGGGGCAAGCAUGCUCCAACACAUUGUAUAUCAUGCAUUUAUCUGUCAAAAGACUUGAAAACUUUGGCCACUGGAUGUUAUGAUGGACAAAUAUGUCUUUGGCAAGUUGAUCCAGAUUCUCUUCAAAUGAUUCCGAGAUGCUUAUUGGUUGGUCAUACAGCUCCUAUUUUGUGUAUAACAAGAGCUUCCAUGAUACAGGACAAUAACUACAUUGUUUCUAGUUCAGAAGCUGGUGAAAUGUGUACUUGGGAUCUGAUAGAUGGCAAAUGCAGAGAGGCCGUCAAGUUACAACAAGUUCACACUAAUAUGCAGGCAUAUCAUAUGUGCAACUGUGAAGACUUACGACUCUUCUGCAAUGGAUACUAUCCGGAAAUCAUAGUUAUGGAUCCAUUCAGCUUAGAAGUACUGUUCAUGCUAUCUUCUAAGCAGAAUCCAGAUUGGAUAAGCUCUUUGCAUGUAUUGAGACCAGCAAAACGUAAAGACGAUGUGGUACUAGCAUUAACAACUACGGGUAUGGUAAAAGUAUGGACUUUAACGGGAGCUGAAAAUAGACACCAAGAGCCUAUAUAUGAAAAUGAAAGUAAACAGAUACGUACUUUGAAUGCAGUCUGUUUACAAUGUUGCAGUUACAAUCAGAGGACUGUGCUUGUAGUUUGUACCAAAUACUGGCAAAUAUAUGAUGCAGGGGAUUUCAGUGUGUUAUGUUCAUAUCUGGCUCCAAGAGGCGAAAGAUGGAUGUCCGGGGACUUUUUGGCAAUUGACAGGAUAAUAGUUUGGUCAGAUGCAGGAAAAGGUUACCUUUACAAAUUACCCUCUAACAGUGUACCAGAACACGCCGAUUUUCAUACUCCAAGUAUCGAAAGUGAUAGUCCGUUUUUGUAUUGUCUAUUAAAUCAAUCUGAUAGUAAGCCCCUUUCAUGUCCUCCAGCGAUGCAUUUUAUCACCACAGCCAGACUUAAUAAACAAAAUAAAUCCAGAUAUCUGAUACGAGGUGAUUCGGAAGGAUAUGUUUUAGUAUGGAGUAUUCCUGAAAUAUCAGCUGCGCAGUUAGAAGAAAUUCAGCGACAAAAAUUGCCUCAACCUGUUACAAUGAAGGCCACUCUUACUACUAGUUUGACCGAAGCUUGGGCUGGUGUGAAACCUAGUCCGGUUGGGAUUUUAGAUCAGUUGGAGAAACAGGAAGGACAGUCAAUAAAAUUGACGGCCAGUAUUUAUUUACCUUUACAAAGUAGGUUGGUUGUAGGAAGAGAAGAUGGCACAAUAAUAAUUGUACCUGCAAAUCAAACAGUGAUGUUGCAUCUACUUCACGGGAAUCAUCAGCAAUUUAAUGGAUGGCCCCAACAUCAGAUCCUAUCAGGUCACGGAGGUAGAGUGAACUGUCUACUGUAUCCACACAGAGAGCAUUCAAGAUAUGACAAGAACCAUUUAGUAUCGGGUGGUGUGGAUUUUGCAGUUUGUUUAUGGGAUUUAUAUGCGGGAACUUUACUACACCGGUUUUGUGUCCAUGCCGGAGAGAUCACCCAAUUAUUGGUUCCCCCUAACAAUUGCAGUGCUCGGAUACAAAAAUGUGUGUGCUCUGUAGCUUCAGAUCAUUCUGUCACCUUGUUGAGCCUAGCCGAAAAAAAGUGCGUAUGUUUAGCAUCAAGGCAUCUCUUUCCUGUGACGACUAUCAAAUGGAGACCUAACGAUGAUUUCAUGAUAAUCGGAUGUUCAGAUGGGACUGUUUAUGUCUGGCAGAUGGAAACAGGUCAUUUGGACAGAGUAUUACAGGGUAUAGCUGCCGAAGAAGUAUUGUACGCUUGUGAGGAGAAUGAGGCUAAUAACACUUCUUCAGAAGUUGGUUUGGCGAAUCCAGCUGUACACUUCUUUAGAGGAUUGAGACAUAGAAAUUUGUCUGCCAUUCGACAUGCAACCCAAAGAGGCCUUCAUCAGCUUCAGAUGCUUGGAGCUCAUACGAACAAUGAUGACCCCCACAUGCAGAGAAAUCACAAUUCUCCGCUUUCCGUACAAGGCCUAAGAACAAAUCCCAAAGAUCCAGAAAGUCACAUAUUAUUUUUUGACAUAGAAGCUUUGAUAAUAGAAUUGCUGAGUGAAGAAUAUGAAACAAUGUCUCCUGGUAGUCUCGAAGCAGCUGGAUUAAUAAACGCUACUGAAUAUUUGAAAGUGGCAGCAUUAACACAAAGCGCCAGUCCUGAUGCUCAUAGAAAAAUCGUAGACUUUUUCGGAAAAAUGAAAAAUAAGGCUGAAAACAUGGAAAUGAUAAUUAAGGAAAAAGAUAAGCAUGGAAUACUGGCAAAAAUGAAAGAAGGUGCCGAAACAGCGAUAGCAAAAGCCGAAAGUGUAUUAAAACAAUCAGGAGAUCACUUGAAAGAUACCAAUGAAGCCAAUUCUAAAAAUAAUAAACCAAAUUCAUUGGGUCCUCUCGAAGCUAGUCAUGGUAUGGAAAUAGCACAACUUCUGUUGUCUCUGUUGCACUCGUGGGGCCUGGAUAAUGAUCUAGAUAGGGUAUGCCAAGUGAAACUUGGUCUUCUACGUCCUAUGGUUCCAGUUUCUUAUGGAGUUCUUUCCAAAGCCAACCACAUGUCACUUUUUCUUCCAACUUGGCAUAACACCAUUCUCGUUGAUGAAGAACCACUUCCAAUGGACUUAUCGCUUACCAACAGUUUGCCACCGGAAAUAAUAAGACAAGAACAAAUUACAAGGAUAUUUACUUCCCGAACUCAUUGGGAACUAAGCACUACGUUAACCACUAAUCAUUUAUUGGCCAUUAUUGCUCUGAGUCAUACUUUGAUGUCUAUGAGUAAUGCGACAUUUGUUCCUGAGCAAGAAAGAAACCGCAAGUUACACAGACAGUCGACAAGAGUAAAUUGGUCGAAAACUGAUGAAGAACACGAGGAAAUGUUUACUCAACAACAGGCACAAAUCAAGCAGGGCUGGUCUCUUUUGGCAACGUUGCAUUGUGUCCUUCUGCCGGAUAAAGUGGUUGAACAUGGAGCAAGAAACUUUAAGCGACCUCAAGUAGAAAUGAUGGUAAAACGAUGGCAGCACCAUUGUGUUGAAGUUCGAGAGGCUGCUCAAACUUUACUUUUGGCUGAAUUGUCUAGAAUGGGUCCUAAGGGUCGAAAGCAACUAGUGGAAUCAUGGGCACAGUAUUUGCCUCAAUUCACCCACAUUGAAACCAUCAAUCAACAAGUAAAUUCUCCUGUGGCACAAACAAAUGGCACAGCCAAUCAACAGCCUCAUACUCCAGAUCCUGUGGAUGAGGAGUUUGAAGAAGAGGAAGAGGAACAAAUACGUAAACCAUCUAGUUUGUCAGAGCUAAAAAAGAAACAGUCGACGGCAGUUAUAAUAUUAGGUGUGAUAGGUGCAGAAUUUGGACAAGACAUAACAUGUAGCGAUAACAAUAAAAGACGAAUGAGUGAAGAAAGAAGGAAAAGCUCUGUAGUUGAAGGAUUUGGUCCAGGAAAUAAUAAUCUAGCAAGACUGACCUCGAUGGCACUAUCCCAUUUACUACUAGCUCCUUCCUCUUCAAAAUUACCAGCACAUAUUCCCUUAAGGAGAGCUGCCAUUGACCUCAUAGGCAGGGGAUUCACUGUAUGGGCCCCUUUCUUAGACAUUAGUAAAGUAUUGUUAGGUCUUUUAGAACUGUGUUCGGAAGCAGAUAGACUGGUUCCUAGUAUGACUUAUGGAUUACCAUUGACUCCUCAAGCUGACUCUUGCAGAACAGCCAGGCAUGCUUUAACUCUCAUAGCAACUGCAAGGCCGGCUGCAUUUAUUACCACCAUGGCCAAAGAAGUUGCCAGAUACAAUGCCAUGCAACAAAAUGCACAGACGCUAAAUAUCAACAUGAACAACAAUGUACUACAUAAAGCAAGACCAGAGAUUCUGAGAGGAGUUGAGCUUCUUAUAGAGAAGAUGCAAAACGAGAUGGCAGAUCUUUUGGUUGAGUUAAUGGACAUAAUUCUUCAUUGCCUGGAUCCAAGUCAAUUAAAGAAUAGAGGUCUGCAGGAUGUUUUUCCUGCUGUAUGCAGAUUCAAUCAGGUGUCACAUUGUCCAGCAACAAGACGAAUAGCUGUUGGGUCUCAUACUGGUUCUCUGACACUAUAUGAACUUAGACAAGGAAAGUGUGUUAAUAUUAAAGCUCACUCUUCUCCAGUUACCGCUUUAGCAUUUAGCCCUGAUGGGAAAUUUUUAGUUAGUUAUGCUUCUGGUGAUAAUAAGUUGAGUUUUUGGCAAACAAGUACGGGUAUGUUUGGAUUGGGCCAAUCCCAAACGAAGAACAUCAAAUCCUACAGCACAGCACCUAUUGCUGACGUGGCACGUCUCAAUCCAAUGCGCCUGGCCCGUUUAAUAUGGAUGAACAACAGAACGGUAUCACUGAUGUUGGCAGAUGGGUCUGAAACUAGGUUCAAUGUGUAACGCAGAGAGAACCAAUAGGUAAUGUGGCCUUUCAGUCUUACAUCAUCUUAUGAAUAUAUGGUUACCUUCAAAUCAAGUCGCCAGUGUAACAUUUUAUCUUGCACAUUUCUAUGGUGUUAAGUUUCUUAAUACUUCUGUUUAAUAUUGUGUGUAGUAGGGAGUUGUUGAGAGUUUGGUUUCACUGUCAGGUUACAGAUUUAAUGGAAUAAUUUUCAGAUAUCUAUGAAGCUAACAAACAAUUGUGGACUGUUUAUUCAUUUUUCUUUACAAAGGUUACAUAAACAUUUUUUUAUCACAACAGAAAAACAAUAGUUACUUUUAAAGUGCAAUUAAAGCUUAAACUAUUAAGACAAAUAUUAACUAUAAACUUAUUUGCGACAAUCUAAUAUCUGAGAUAAUUUACUUAUUUAGACAUAAAUUAGGAUUUCAAAAUAGAAGUAAUAGCGUUUCCGAUACCAAGUGAUACUUGCUUAAAAUGUUAACUAUAUAAAUUUAAAUGUUCCCAAUAAGUCAACCUUCAAAAAACAUAUUUUAUAUUUUAUAAUUGAACAACUUUAAAAUAAAAUUAUUCUUUUUCAAAUAAGUUUAUCAUUUUUAUUUGAAAUCAAGGAACAUUUUUGAAAUUAAAUCUUAAAUAUAGAUAGGAAAAUCGAAAAUAUUUUCAUCUGCAUUUUGAAUCGGAAUAAUAAUAUUUAUAAAGCUGUUUUAAAUACAAUUUAUAGCAACCGUAAAUAUAUAUUUAUAUGAAGGGAUCCACAAUGUGUUUCUGAAGUAGCGGAAAAAAUCGCACGUGUAAUUGUUCUUUUUUAUAUUAUAGUUUGUUUUUAAUCUAGAGCCGUUCACAGUUAUUACAGAUAUGAAUCGCAUCUCUUUCUUUGUCAGUCAUGGUCUACUAUAGAACGUGGACAUAAGUUGAACAGUCCUUUGGUAGGUAGAGGGGUAGUAAAAGUCAAAUCUCGUCGGAUGACGGUAACGUUUCUCCGCCAGUGUCGUAUCAUAGAAUAAAAAUAAUACCAAUCAUUUUUAAUUACUAACGGCAGAACCGGGGAAUGGUAUGUAUUUAUGGGCUAUAAAUAAUUAUUUAAACAAGUAUUAUGAUAACCCAAAUCAUAAUUCUACAAAAUUUCAAUUUAUGAAACUAUUUACGUGAAUACGCGAAAUUGUUAUUAACAUAUAAUUUUCUACUCUAAUACAUCGUGUUCAUUUCGGUUAGAUUCGCGGAAAACGGUUAAAUCCGGUGUAUCAAGUGAUAGAACUGAAUGCCUGUUCAAUUUCUGUCUGAAUUUUUUGUAGAACAGUCGUUGAUUAAAAAUAUUUUUCGGUGUAAUGUUUUUAAAUCAUAAAUGAGUAGAUGGUCUUUUUUGUUUAUUCUAUGUUUCAAGUUAGCAACAAUUUAAAUCAUAUCAUAAAUCACAUGGUAAUAAAAGUUAUAUUUAUUAAUGGGUAAUUUUCAUUUUGAGUACAGUGCUCAGUUCGUUAAGUGAAAUCGUUAUUAUACUAUGCAAAUAUUGAAAGUUAUUAAUUUUUGGAAAAAUUUCAAAAACGGGCCAAUUUUGUUUAUAAACUCCGCAUUUUUUUAAUAUAGAGUGUGUUCCAUAAAGUUGGAUCCAUAAGGGAAUUUUCGAACAUUACGAUUGGAAAAACACGUCUUAGCAUAUUUGCUCUGCUAUAUUAAAAAAUUAAAAUAGCCCAUAUUAACGUUGGCAAGGUACUGCAUUAAUUAUCUGUCAAAUUCAGUAUUUUUCACAUAUCGUUAAAAAAAAUUAAUGCUAAUUUGACAGAAAUCUAAUGUCAGUAGCCAACAUUGAUAUGGGCUAUUUUAAGGUUUUAAAUAAGAAGAGUCGAUUGUCCUACGUUUUAAUUU